AUGAAAUCUUUCUUCAUCAUCUUACUUUUAAUUUAUAUAGUGAGAGCAUCAUUUUUUGAUACAGGGUUUGAUUUGGAUAUAGAUGAACCUAUAAAUUUACUUGAGAAUAAUGAAAGACGCAAGGACAAAUCUGAAGGUUUGCAAGAAUUUACUCCAAUAAGGAAUUCAAUUGGCCAAAGCGAAACUCAGUACUAUUCAUUCAGUGUCAAUACAACGAGUGGUUUGGGUCUGUACUAUCAGUUUUUAAUUUUCUUGACAGGAAACAUAUGUUCUCAGCCUGCAAAUGUGAAUGCAAGCGACCCUAGUUUGGCGGUAUAUUACUCUUUCAAUGCAAGCAUGUUCCAAAAUUUUGAAAUAAGUCAUAUGGAGCUAUUUAAGAAUGGAUACUUUCAGGCGUUAGCGGAUGUUCCUAUUUCGGAGAGUAGUGAAAAUAAAGAUUCUAUUUUAUACAUUGCGGUGAGGGCACCUGAAAAUACUAACAUAUCGUCAAUUUGGACCUAUGAGAUUGGUGUCUCUCAAAACGAUUUAGUAUUUCAGUGGGACGACCGGACAUGGGCAACCCUAGUAGAUACUGAUGAUGAUUCAGCCUUGAUAGUAACGGGUAACUUAACUAUGGGUCAGGAUACAAAUUACACCACGAUGAAUGCUACUAAGUCUCAGUAUUCGUUAUCUAUUUAUUCUUAUGAUUAUAGGCAUUAUUUCGCAAGUCUUAAUAGUAGUUGGUGUGCCAUAAGGAAUGGACCAGCGCUAUUUUCGAUGUCAAAUUUCGAAAGUAGCUACACUAAUCGAGGAGGAGGAUUACAACAACAAUUUUACGUUACAGGACUAAACAGUUCUACAAAGUAUGUUGCUUACUUGAUUUCUGACUUUGGUGGGAACGAUUUUGGAGGCGUAGCAUAUCAACCAUUUGAGUUCGAGACCUUGGAUAAGGAUGCCUGUGAUUUAAUAUAUGAUUUGGAUUUCUGUAAUCAAGUUGCGUAUUCUGUUCCAGCAAACAGCGCUUUUACGAAGAAUGAAUUGAAAACCAUGUAUGAUGACAGAGCAAAAAGCUUGUUUUCGAAUUUUACGAAAGCCUUACAACAGAUUGCAUGUAAUACUACAAAGGACGCUAUUUUUUCGCCUGUUAGAACUUGCGACGAUUGCGCUGAAAGCUACAAGAACUGGUUGUGUUCAGUAACAAUACCAAGAUGUUCAACAAGAAAUAUAACGGGCUAUAAAGAAAGGAGCCACGAUGACUCUAGGAAUGACUUUAUAAAUGAAAAGGUCAAACCAGAUUUCCUGUACUUUGAAGUCUUACCUUGUGUAAAUGUAUGUCAGGCUAUCGUUAGAGACUGUCCUGCUGACUUCAACUUUCAAUGUCCAAAAGAUAAUAAGAGUAUUGAGUUAUCAUAUUAUUGGGAUAAUGGUGGUAAGUUCCCUACAUGUAAUUAUGUUGGAAAUUAUAAGGCAUAUUCCAGUUUAGCCUCAAAGGUUCUCUUAGACUGGCGCAUCUAUUUAGUCUUUAUUGCUUUACUUCUUUAG